AUGCUCGCCGUUGCGGUCGCCCACGCUGCACCUCACCUGCGCGAAAUCUUCGACCCCGCACAGACAUCUCAUGCGUGGUUCAACGCGCCAGGCGAGACCAUGCGUGUCAACAACCAGAAGGCGGCGAUGUUUGAAACGCUAGCCGCGAGCCUCACCUAG